AUGGAAGAGGAGUACUUUGUGUCAACAGUUUUAAGCAAGGAUUCCUGUUCUACCUGGGGCGGAGGGCAUUUUUCAACUUUUGAUAAAUAUCAGUAUGACUUCACUGGGACUUGCAACUAUAUCUUUGCAACUGUAUGUGAUGAAUCCAGUCCAGACUUCAACAUUCAGUUCCGCCGCGGGCUGGACAAAAAAAUUGCAAGGAUCAUUAUUGAACUGGGUCCUUCUGUCAUCAUUGUUGAGAAAGACAGCAUUUCUGUCAGGAGUGUCGGUGUCAUCAAGCUGCCUUAUGCCAGCAAUGGAAUUCAAAUAGCACCUUAUGGGCGCAGUGUCCGCCUUGUUGCCAAGCUGAUGGAGAUGGAACUAGUUGUCAUGUGGAACAAUGAGGACUACCUCAUGGUUUUGACUGAAAAAAAAUACAUGGGGAAGACCUGUGGAAUGUGUGGAAAUUAUGAUGGCUAUGAACUAAAUGACUUUGUGAGUGAAGGUAAAUUACUGGAUACAUACAAGUUUGCUGCAUUACAAAAAAUGGAUGAUCCAUCAGAGAUCUGUCUGUCUGAGGAGAUAUCAAUUCCUUCCAUUCCUCACAAAAAAUACGCCGUGAUCUGCUCUCAGCUGCUUAACCUGGUGUCACCAACCUGCAGUGUUCCAAAAGAUGGGUUUGUCACUCGUUGUCAGCUUGACAUGCAGGACUGCAGUGAGCCAGGACAAAAGAAUUGUACUUGCUCUACACUGUCAGAGUAUUCAAGGCAAUGUGCUAUGUCUCAUCAAGUGGUGUUCAACUGGAGGACUGAAAACUUCUGCUCUGUGGGGAAAUGUUCUGCUAAUCAAAUCUACGAGGAGUGUGGUUCUCCAUGUAUUAAAACCUGCUCCAACCCUGAGUACAGCUGUUCCAGUCACUGUACCUAUGGUUGCUUUUGUCCAGAAGGAACAGUUCUUGAUGACAUCUCAAAGAAUCGCACAUGUGUUCACCUUGAGCAGUGCCCAUGUACACUGAAUGGGGAAACAUACGCUCCUGGUGAUACAAUGAAAGCAGCAUGUAGAACUUGUAAAUGUACAAUGGGUCAAUGGAAUUGCAAAGAGUUGCCCUGCCCUGGAAGGUGCUCAUUGGAAGGAGGUUCCUUUGUUACCACAUUUGAUUCUAGAUCAUACAGGUUUCAUGGAGUUUGCACUUACAUUCUUAUGAAGAGUUCCAGCCUGCCACACAAUGGAACCCUAAUGGCUAUUUAUGAAAAGUCUGGUUAUUCUCAUUCUGAGACAUCGCUUAGUGCUAUAAUUUACCUGUCUACAAAGGACAAAAUUGUGAUUUCUCAGAAUGAAUUCCUUACUGAUGAUGAUGAACUUAAGCGGCUACCUUACAAAUCAGGAGACAUCACUAUUUUCAAACAAUCCUCGAUGUUCAUUCAAAUGCAUACAGAAUUUGGUCUGGAACUCAUUGUUCAAACAUCACCUGUGUUCCAGGCCUAUGUUAAAGUCAGUUCACAAUUCCAAGGCAGAACCCUAGGUUUGUGUGGUAAUUACAAUGGAGACACUACAGAUGACUUCAUGACUAGUAUGGAUAUCACUGAAGGAACAGCUUCCCUAUUUGUAGAUUCCUGGAGGGCAGGAAAUUGCCUUCCUGCUAUGGAGAGAGAGACUGACCCUUGUGCUUUGAGUCAGCUGAACAAAAUAUCUGCUGAGACUCAUUGCUCCAUUCUAACGAAGAAGGGUACAGUGUUUGAGAAAUGCCAUGCUGUGGUAAACCCUACUCCUUUCUACAAGAGAUGCGUCUACCAAGCCUGUAAUUAUGAAGAGACCUUUCCUUAUAUUUGCUCUGCUCUGGGAUCAUAUGCACGAACAUGCAGUGCAAUGGGUUUAAUCCUUGAGAACUGGAGAAACAGUAUGGACAAUUGCACCAUUACUUGUACUGGCAAUCAAACAUUCAGCUACAACACUCAGGCAUGUGAAAGGACAUGCUUGUCACUCUCCAACCCAACCCUGGAAUGUCACCCAACUGACAUCCCAAUUGAAGGCUGCCAUUGUCCUAAAGGGAUGUAUCUGAACCACAAGAAUGAAUGCGUUCGUAAAUCCCAUUGUCCCUGCUAUUUAGAAGAUAGGAAGUACAUCUUACCUGAUCAGUCAACAAUGACUGGUGGCAUAACCUGCUACUGUGUUAAUGGGAGGCUAAGUUGCACUGGCAAACUUCAAAAUCCUGCAGAAAACUGCAAAGCGCCUAAGAAAUAUAUAUCAUGUUCUGACAGCUUGGAAAACAAGUAUGGAGCUGCAUGUGCCCCUACUUGUCAAAUGCUGGCUACUGGAAUUGAAUGUAUUCCUACUAAAUGUGAAUCAGGCUGUGUCUGUGCUGAUGGGCUAUAUGAAAAUCUUGAUGGCAGGUGUGUUCCAGCUGAAGAGUGUCCUUGUGAAUAUGGAGGCCUUUCAUAUAGAAAAGGUGAACAGAUCCAAACUGAAUGUGAAAUCUGCACUUGCAGAAAAGGCAAAUGGAAAUGUGUUCAGAAAUCAAGAUGUUCCUCAACAUGUAAUCUGUACGGAGAAGGCCAUAUCACCACUUUUGAUGGACAGCGUUUUGUGUUUGAUGGCAACUGUGAAUACAUAUUAGCUAUGGACGGCUGCAAUGUUAAUAGACCUCUUUCCUCUUUUAAAAUUGUUACUGAGAAUGUCAUUUGUGGGAAAUCAGGGGUUACGUGCUCUAGAUCCAUCAGCAUUUACCUUGGGAACUUGACUAUUAUACUGCGAGAUGAAACCUUCUCUAUUUCUGGGAAAAAUCUUCAAGUGAGGUAUAAUGUGAAAAAGAAUGCCCUCCACCUGAUGUUUGAUAUCAUUAUCCCAGGAAAAUAUAACAUGACUCUUGUAUGGAAUAAGCACAUGAACUUCUUCAUCAAGAUCUCCAGGGAAACACAGGAAACUAUCUGUGGUUUGUGCGGAAACUAUAAUGGCAAUAUGAAAGAUGAUUUUGAAACCCGAAGCAAGUAUGUGGCAUCAAAUGAACUGGAAUUUGUGAAUUCUUGGAAGGAGAAUCCUCUCUGUGGGGAUGUAUACUUUGUAGUGGACCCCUGUAGCAAGAACCCUUAUCGUAAAGCUUGGGCAGAAAAGACAUGUUCCAUCAUCAACAGUCAAGUCUUUUCUGCCUGUCACAAUAAGGUGAAUCGUAUGCCCUAUUAUGAGGCCUGUGUCCGAGACUCAUGUGGUUGUGACAUUGGAGGUGAUUGUGAAUGCAUGUGUGAUGCCAUUGCAGUGUAUGCAAUGGCCUGUUUAGAUAAGGGAAUCUGCAUCGACUGGAGGACUCCUGAGUUUUGCCCUGUCUACUGUGAGUAUUACAAUUCUCACAGAAAAACAGGAAGUGGGGAUGCUUAUUCCUACGGCUCCAGUGUCAACUGCACCUGGCAUUACAGACCUUGUAAUUGUCCAAAUCAAUACUACAAAUAUAUGAACAUUGAAGGCUGUUACAACUGCUCUCAUGAUGAAUAUUUUGACUAUGAGAAAGAAAAAUGCAUGCCAUGUGCAAUGCAGCCUAAAGCAACAGGAAUCUCUACUGCAGUCACAUUAUCCACAGCUACCCAAUCAACAUCACCUAGUACUUCUUCUGCAUCUACUGUACCAACUGAGCCCAGAAAUCUCACUGUAACCUCAAAAAUCACAGUCCCAAGAACUUCUUCAUCAUCACCUCUUGUCACAAUGAAGUCAACAACCGAACAUACAACAUCAAUUUUUGCUAUGCCAAGCAUGACCUCUACAGUAACUACACCUUCCAUAACUACCUCAGCGAAAGGAACCAUCUUCACUGAACCAAAAUCUACAACUACUGCCUCAGUAACCAUUGUUACAACAGAGACAGAAAAAACAAGGUUCACUACACCACUCUUAGAGACUACUGUCAAAGAAGAAAUGACAACCAUCUCAGUACCUUAUACUACAUCUCAGAUUGCAACUUUCAGCAAGCCUGAACUAACAACAGUAGAGGCCAGCACCACCAGCAGUACAGAAGUUCCUCUGACAAGGAUACCUGUGAGCCCCACCUCUUUACCUGCCACCACAGCUGUAUCUGUUUCUUUCCCCUCAUCUCCAUCCUCAACACGGCUGAGACCAUCACAUCCAGCCUCCAAGACAACUGUGCUGCCUCUCACCACAGAGAAGACUACCCCUGUCACAUCUUUCACCAGCACCUCCAAGACUUCUGUCUCCAUUGAAGCCAGCCCCACUACCAGCCCAGAAAUCCCACUGACAACAUCUCCUGUCCUCAGCAGCACCCUCAGCACCAGGCUACCAACUCCUGCCCCAUCAACACUCUUCUCCACCUCACCUCCAAUCUCCAUGCCAAAAACAAUUCCUACAGCGCUAAGACCCAAGCCUUCUUCCCCAACAACCAGUGCUUCAACAGAGUUGCUGAUACCUGCAUCCUCCACACCCUCCACAGCCAAAACCAGUCUGCUGUCAUCAUCAGCAUCUUCCCCUUACUCAACUAUGUCCUCGACAGCACUAAGCACAUCACAUCUCGCAUCCACUCACAAAAUGACAACUGUGCCACCCAUUGUGCCUCCAGUCACCACAGAGAAGACUACUCCCACUGUGUCUGCCACCAGCGCCUUUAAGACCUCCAUCUCCAGUGAGGCCAGCCUGACCAGCAGCCCAGAAGUCCCACUGACAACGACAUCCCCUGCUCCCAGUAUCACUCUCAGCACUAGCUUACCAUCUGCUGCUCCAUCCACACUCUUCUCCACAUUGCUCCCAACUUCCACUCCAAAGUCCACGCCUACAACCCUAUGGCCCAAGCUGUCUUCUCUAACAACCAGUGCUCCAACAGAGUCGCCUACACCUGCAUCCUCCACACUCUCCACAGCCAAAACCAGCCUGCUGCCAUCAUCAGCAUCUUCUCCCUUCUCAACUAUAUCCUCAACAGUACUGAGCACAUCUCUUCCCGCUUUCACCCAUGAAACAACAACUGUGCUGCACAUGGUGCCGUAUAUCACCACGGAGAGGACCACUGCCACACCUGUUACCACCAGCACCUCCAAGACCACUGUCUCUAGUGAGGCCAGCCCCAGCAGCAGCCCAGAAGUCCCCCUGACAACGACAUUCCCUGCCCCCAGCAGCACUCCCAGCACCAGGCUGCCAUCUUCUGCCCCAUCCACAGUCACCUCCUCUCCUCCGACCUCCACAAUGAAGUCCACACCUACAACACUAAGGCCCAAGCCCUCUUCCCCACUGACUAGUGCUCAAACGGAGUUUACCACACCUGCUUCCUCCACACUCUCCACAGUCAAAACCAGUCCAGUGCUGUCAUUAGCAUCUUCCACUUCUUCGUCUGUGUCCUCCACAGCACUGAGAACAUCGCAUCCCACCUCCACCCAGAAAAUAACAACUGUGCCACACAUUGUGCUGCCAGUCACCACAGAGAAGACUACUCUCACUGUGUCUGCCACCAGCACCUCCACAACCCCUGUCUCCAUUGAGGCCAGCCCCACCAGCAGCCCAGAAGUCCCGCUGACAACAUCCCGUGCCCCCAGCAGCACUCUCAGCACAAGGCUGCCAUCUGCUGCUCCAUCCACACUCUCCUCCACACCGAAGAUCAGGCGUACAACCCUGCUGCUUAAGCCUUCCUCCAUGACAGCCAGUGCUCCAGCAGAGUCGCCUACACCUGCAUCAACCUCACCCUCCACAGCCAAAACCAGCCUCUUGUCAUUGUCUCCAUCUUCCUUCUCUACUGUGUCCUCAACAGCACCGAGCACAUCAUAUGCCAGUAUUGGAGUUAUCGUGCUGGGGCUCAGGUCUCACACUUGGAGCCUGCCCUGUGCAUCAUGA